CAACAUCACAUGGCGGCGGAUCAGAACCUUCAGCUGCGAGUUCAAAUAAACCGGAGCAAUGCAGCUUAUGGUGCAUAUCCAUUCAUACAUAGCUACGCACUUAGCUCCAAUUUAUUAGCAGCGCAGAGAAGAUCAGUGCAAUGAAGCAUUGGUAAUAAGAACCACAUAUGUACAUACAGGCAUACGAGGUGUGGCUGUUAAAUAACGAGACUGACAAGCCAAAUAUUUCAAUUGUAUUUCAAAUAUAUUUGCUUAUUACCUUCAAUAUCAACUCUGAGCAAACCACUGUUCGAGAGUCUCGAACAACUGUCUGGCUUAGACGUCAACAGCCGAAUAAGAUUCUUAAACCGCCCAGACUCGAUAUAGUCAUGCUGUAAAUAACCGCUAAACGAGUUGGUAGCAAGGAUGUGGCAAGAAAAUGGUGCGGAAGCGCUAGUUGGGUUCUGGAUGAUUCACCACUUCAACCAACCAACUAACCUUCAAUAUACCACCCUUCUUUAUUCCUACAAUGCUCCAUGCGAACCGUCCAUUGUUCGAGAUAGUGCGUAUUCUUAUUCCGUCGGUAUCUUCAGAAUGUGUGUAACUUUCUUGUUCCUUUUAAUACAAAUUUCGAAAUACGUCGAAUAAGACAGAUGGUCUCUAACACUUGUUUGGCGUAUUUGGUUAGAAAUCUUUUGACGAACAAAGUGGAUUGACCGGUAUAUUGUCUAGAGUACUAUUCUUACACUUAACAUUUUUCUGUAGAAAAACAACUCUAUGCUAAUAUAUGAUACACUGGAGUUCUUUACAGAAGCGAGAGGAUUCAUUGCAUUCGAAAGAGAAGGCUUCACGCUAAACAGCUGACGGUCGCUGGCGUUUAGUACAUGCGUACUUCUUCUAAAGCAGUCAGUCUCGUUAUUCAAUAGCCACACCAUGUAUGUGCUCGCAUUAUUUUGUACUCGUGAGUUGUUAAACUGUGAGACAAGACUUAUAUUAAAACCCAUUGUACAUGACCUCGACAUGAAAAGCUUCUGACGGACUUUAGCAUAGUGGCGAAGAGAUUACCACGGCGUGCGUACAUAUAUUGUAUUAUAUGUAUGCUUGUAUAUGUGCAUAUGCAUAUAAGCGGUUGUAUUACAGUUGGUUGAAACUUAGCGCUGAAAUAAAGUCAAUGCUCAUAACAACGAAAAAUCCGACUAUAUAGUUGAUCGCUUUAAGCGUUGAGCGUCGUGAGUAGAAUGAGUGUUGAGAUGGAUAUGAAAUGGUGUACAGGGAGGGGGCAUGCUUGCGGCUGGCUUAGUGCAUCAUAAAUGAACUGUAGAUGGGUAUGUAUGUAUGCGCUCACUCUCAUAAAGCUUGCUUGCAUAAAAGCGCUUUUCUACGCCACCGUUCUCACCAUUUGCAAAUUACAAGAAAAGCUUUUAGGCCAACUCAUGGUAAAACUAUCGCGCGCCGAGCCAGUCUUUGAUUUUACAGGUUUGCUGUGUUUUCUGUUUGUUGCUGGUUGUUGUUGGCUUUUGCCACUUCGAGUUGCGCCACAGUUUGGUAAUACUCGCACAAACCAAAAUAGAGGUGGUAACGGCGAUAGCGGCAACGGCAACAGCGACCAUGGCUUGUCGCAACAUAGAUUCGAAACUGAUAGCUUAGUCUUCGACGAGUUUGAUUCGAAAGCGGUUGUCGUUAGCGGAAUCAAUCUGUUUCGUGUACUAUAUGAUUUUACAGAAAUACGAAAGACUCUUUCGGUCGUUUACCGGGUGCGUGGAAACAAGAAGUGGAAUUGUGAAAUAUUCGAAGGAAGUUGGCAUACAAUUGAAAUGCAAUUCGCUUGAAUAUUCAAUUGUGAUUUGGGAAAACUUCACAUCCGUCCACGUUUUGUUUUUUGAUUUUUUUUGUUUUGUCUUGUUUGGUACUUAUGAAUCAGUGCAUUUCGAUUAGUGACUUAUGGGUGAACUUUAGCUUUUGGAAAAAUAGAAUUCACUGUUGCGACUGCGCCGUGUUUAUUUCGUAAUUGUGAAAAUUGUGCCAGUGCGCUGAGAGCUGCGGUUGAUUUUUGGCUUUUGGCAUGUCUUGUUUUUCUGAAUACAGCAGCAAUAAUUGAAUGCGAGAAAUAAAUGCUAACAAUUGUGUAUACCAAACAUAAUUAAAAUAAACAAAAUAAAACCUACAUAUAAAAAAGCAACAAAUAAGUAAAUCAGCAAACCAACUGAAAUCAAAGCAGCAGCACCAACGUGUAUUGUUGCUGUGAAUUUGUGCGUAUCGCGCGGGUAUUUGCUCAUUAUAAAUUCGGCUAAUUACCAUUUGCUGGCCAGUGGACUCACUUAGUGGACCUUGAAAGUGGGCACGCACUUAAAACAAUAAAAAAAUUUGUACUGCCCUUCAUGCUAUCUCGAAACUUUAAAACCUGAAAAAAAAGAAUUUGCUUAAAAAAAAAUAGACACCGUUCCUUCUGGCACGUAAUGUCGUUACUGUUGCUAGACGCUUUAAGCAAGUUUGACAUCUCAGUAGGCAACUCUUCUCAGCAUUUGUGGUAGAACUAAAAGGAUUAUGCGACCCAAUGGCCAAAGCGGCUGUUGUACGCUAGAAAACGCAGCAAACCCUGCGACCAUACGAAAUUUACAUACAACAUAUACUUUUCCCCCAACGGUUCAUUUGCAUUCGCAUCUCCACUCACAUCCUCACCAACAAGCGCAACAACAACAGCAGCAAAACCAUCAUCACCACAACUUUCAUCCUCAGCAGCAGCACCACCUGCAACCGCAGAAUUUCAAGCCUCAAGCGCCAACACCGUGGUUGCCGCCACAAGGUCUGUACAAUGCCACGCCACAUCCAUCGACUACGAGUAAAAAUGUUGUGGUUGGACGCCAUCAGGCGUUACCUUUUGUGGCACAAUCACAAACACCGUUGAUUAAAAGCAAAAAUCACCAACAGCAACAUCAUCAAAUGUUGCCAGCGCCACCUCCACCGCCACAUUCACAUCCACAGCACCAAUACCAGCAGUAUCUCAACAGUCUGCAACAUCAGUCCACUCAUUUCCCCCAAAAAUCCCAAUGCGUCUCACAGUCCACACCUACAGUCGCUGUCGCCCACCAUUACAAUGGUUACACCCCCGCGAAUACACCUCGUAUAGCACUACCGCCGGAUCAGUUAAGUACCGCCAUGCCUCCGGUGGCGCCGCCAUCACAUCCAUCAAAUUUCGCUAAAUUACCAUCAGCAUCUGUGGUUAACCAACAGCGAGUUAACGAAUGCGCUGGCAUACCGCUCAUUUCAAAUGCUACCACACAUUUGGCAUCGAAUCAGCGUCAGCGCGUUCAACGCAAACUGUCGCGUUCGCCUGCACCCCAUCAAAAACUGUCAACAACUGGUGGCAUCGGAACGUACAAAUUGCAACAUCCGUGUGCCGGUCUUUAUAUAGCGCGUAAUGCAAAUGCUGCUAGUUGUUCGCAUAUUUCUCAACUGGCUGCACAUGCACAAGGGGCGCCCUUGCUAGUGCACAAGCAGCAGCAGCAACAAAAUUCUGUACCGAAAUGGCCAAUGCCAAAUAGCGGUUCCAGUGCUUUUCAAUCCACAGUAUCGCCACAGCUAUCAUCGAAUUCCUCAGCGUCAUUAGCAGCAGGGGGUGGUAAAUCGCAUAGUGAAAAACCUUCUCGCACCACUUUGCGAUACCAACAUUCAGCACCGGCAGCGCUAAGCACUCGUGACAAGGAGAACACAACACAGGCGACAUUAGAGACCGCAGUGUUUGCGGAGACGUCUAAAGAUAACGCCGAGGGCGGAGAAACGGCACUGCCACGCAUAAUUAAACCACGAAAACGCCGAAAGAAGGAUCGGAAGCCAACAACGAAUGGCGUUUUGUUGAAAUUGGAUGCAUUAGCAGGUACAGGUAUAGCGGCAGAAGCUGACAGAAAGCCUGUGCAAGCGCAUAUGCCGGACAUGCACCAAUCACAGCUAUUGCCAAGACAUCACCAACAAUUGCGACAACAGCAGCAGCACCUAACGCACUUAUAUCCACAUGAGAACUCGAACGAAAACUUAUACAAAUUUAUCAACUUUUAUAUUGGAACGCAUCAGCCAACGGAAAAUGUUGUCAGCACGCGCGCUUUUAAUUCAAAUGAGCCACUGCUAGAUUACAAACCGAGAAGUCUACUUCAAUCGCCCUGCUUAAAAUCCUUCGGCUGUCUCGGAGGAAUCAAGCACAAACAAGGCGAUAUGUCACAAGAUGAGCAUGGAAUUUGCUUCUGCCAAGACUGUGAUCCGCUGCGUUCAAUUUGGGAUUACCCAUUGAGGCGCUCUCUCUCUGAUUCAUCAGCCGCAUCGAUACGCACACAUUCGUCCUCCUCCUCAUCGUCGUCUUCCUCACAUGGUUCCUCUUCUGAGACAACGUCAUCAUCUGGUUCAUCAGCGCCACUGACAGAUGAUGCACUAUCACCUUCAACUGCACUUUCACGUGCUGAUCGCGUGGGCGUUAUUGGCUCCAAUCGUAACGGGCAGGAUUGCAAUCGCGACGCAACGAAACGCACCGACACAGGCUGCGAAGUGUUAGGGGGAAGGCAUCCUACGAAUGGUUGUCUCAGCGAUUCGAAUGACUCGGGCUAUGGCGACAUACUAAGUGGCAUAAAUAUUGCCGAUGACUUUUUCAGUCAGAGCGCUUACAAUAUGUCGACUGCGCUAAGACCACUUUUUGAAGCCAACGACCUAGUGCUAGAUGUGGGACAAUCUUCAAUCGAUCAAUCAAUGAAAUAUGCACAAUCAUACAGCAGUGUACCCGAAACGCUGCUACCCUUGCUGCCUGCAACCGCCGAUGCAUUGCUCACUGAGAGUAUCAAUGAGAUUUCUCGUAAACUCAUCGAAACUUGUGGCAGCGAGCUGCCUAACGAACUCACAGGAACAACGACGCGUUCAAUAAGCGCUUAUUCACGCUGCAGCAGCGAUUUCUCCGCAGACAGUGGCAUCGAUAGUGCUGCCAUUGUAAAUUGUGAUGAGUUGGUGUUUAAGUUUGACAAUUUGAAUUUUAUGAUUGAUAAUGUUGCGAAACAAACGACAAGCGAAAGCAACCACAACAACAACAACUUUAUAGGCGCAAACAACAACAAUUCGGCUACAGCAGUCGAUGAUAUUGCAGCAACAACUACGACAUUAAACGCAUUUUCCGAGUUGCUCAAAUUGCCUGGAACUGCAACUGGAACUACAACAACAAACGUCACUAAUGAGGGAAAUUUUUUCAUCGAUAAGCCAAACAUGAAUCUGCUAUUCGAUUUGAAUAAUAAUAAUAAAGGUAGUAUUUUUGAGAUUGAAAACGAGAAUGAAGACAAAUGCGAGCUAGAACGGGAACAGCUGCGACAACCAUUAGCCGAGAAAAACCAACACGAUCAACAAUUCAUUAAUAAUUGUUUUGAUUUAGUGUGGCCAACAACAUUUGAUCAUUGCAUAGGCGUGGAAAAACAGUUGGGUGCACUAACACACAGAGAGAUUGCUUAGAUAAGAUACAAAUUGCCGAAGUUAACCAACAAUGACGAAUGUGGACUGUAUAUGGAGAAAAUGCAAUAUUGCACAAAAAAAGUGUCUAAUCUUAUGCAAGAGCUGAAUCACACAGUUACUAAUUAUUAUUAAACAAUUCUUAAAACACCUUAACUGCAGCUGCAUUUAAAUCCUGUCCAAUUCUGAGCGCUCUAAGCACCCUUUCAGCGGUUGGAAAAUUUUGCACCGUUCACAUGGCCAGCUGUUCAGUUCGUCUCUGCAACACAUUUUACUUUGGAUUCCGUUCCACUUUGACCUAUGCACGUCAGCAGCAGUUACUUAAUACCGAUUACGCAACGACUGAGUGAAAACGACUUCAGUGUCUUAAGGGCUAGCCAAUGGUCAGCGAUACGAAACACCAACAAAACCUGCUAAUAAGCAAUAAGAAACAAAAACAAAAGAUGAGAUGAAAGCGAAUCGCCUAACAAAAACAAAAAAAAUGGCACUAUAAUCGUUGCCUUUGGUUUGUUGGGUCCGUAGAUUGUCUUUUACAUAUUUUUAUUACAAUUGCGACAUCGUUCCUCGUUUUCCUGUUUCCGGUUUGUUAGUGUUGACCAAAUAACAAAAAGCGGCGGUUAUAAAACCAAAACAUCACCACCAACAAAAAUAAGCUUUAGUAAAAAUUGCCGCAACUUGCUUAAUGUGCUGAGACAAUAGUGUGCAGCGCAUUAGUGAAAGAGCCAAGAAAACAAAACAAAAAAAAAAAAAGAAAAUAAAA